CUCUCAGACUCUUUCAUAUUUAAUGUCAUAAUUCACUUCAAGUAUGAUUUUUGCUUCCUCCCACAUGCCUUUCUCACUUACCUGAACAAACUUACAACCCAUUUUCUGAAACCCUCCCUCCAAUUUCCUCUCACUUCCCUGAGCAACAAUCCCUCCACCUUGGAUUUCUCCACCAAACAAUUUAAACAUUCAGUCUUUUCUGGGGCACAGCCAGAAUUUAGGUGGGGGGGGGAAACUCUAGCAAACAGAAGGCUGCAUACUUUCCAGCAGGACUUUAUGCAAGAAGCAGAUAGACUGGCCUUGUUGAGGGGCCUCUUUCAGCUGCAUCUGACAUAGACAUGUGGCAAGAAAAACCUCUAGGCUCUAGGUUACAGCUCUGGGCCUCAGUUUGUUUUCAGUCACUUUUUCCCCCAGAUAUGUCAGUUUUUGUUGUCUAUCAUCAAUUUUCUACAGGCAAGUGGUGCAUAGUCAGCCUUUAGUGUCCUUUGGCCUAUAAGUGUUCCCUUCUUUGACUAAAUAAAAAGUCUCUCAAAGGCCUAUGCUACUUAAAAAGAAAUAGAUGUGGAACACAAUAAGUUUAUCAAGUCAAAAUGAAGUCCUCAGCACCUUCCUGUAACUUGGAAACCCUCUCUGCUGUUUGUUGGAUUCAGCCUCUUACCAGAUCUGCACCGUCACUGCCUCCCUUUCCUCUGACAAACAGUCAAUAUUCCUCCAGGCUCCCACCCCACCUCUCGCAUACUCACCUCUGCCUCCUCCACAUUACUCAUAUCUUUCAACAAAUUCAGACACAGAGCUGAAGAUGUCUUGGACGUAUGCAACCCUCCUGGGUCUCCUCGCUGUGCUUCUGGCACUUUCCUUGUCUCCAGAGGCAGACACUGCAGCUGUGCCCAACAGCACAGGCAGAGCUAAAGAUCCACAAGAUCAGCUGAAGAAUAUCUUCAUGAAGGAGGCAGAUGCAUCAAACUUCUUCAGAAGACGCAGCAGACGGGCCUCAAAGUCUCAGGAUGAGAUUAACGCUGAGCAGAGGCAGAUUCUGGCUGCAGAUGAACGAAAGAGAGAGUUCCACGAGGAGAAGAGGAACGAGUUUGAGAGCUAUGCUGAAGAGGAGCAUGAUGAACAAAACGAGAAGACCAGAGAGAGCACCGAGCAGUGGAGGGAGUUUCACUACGACGGGAUGCAUCCUCCUCACGAGUACAACCGCCAGUCCAUCUGAGACUGGAGGGCAGUGGAGUGAGGUGUUGCUGUAAAACAUCUUUAACCACACAACGAGGCCUUUCUCCUCUCAUCUUGACACCUAACAGCUACAGAAUUUUCAGCUUGUUUCAACCCUUGUGUUGUUGAUUUUGGCUUUAGUUCCAAUGGGCUAUUGAUGAACAAAUAUACAUUCCUUUCAUUUAGGGCUGUAGCUAAAAAUUAUUUUCAUUAUCAAUAAAUUAACUAUACUCAUUACUUUGGCAAUUAAUCUAUUAUUCAUUUGGUCUAUAAUUUAAAACUUAAAUUCCAUAACCGCAAAACCCGAGCUGACUUAAUAAAAUUGCUUACUUUGUCCGACCAACAGCCAAAAACCAAAGAUAGUCAAUUUACUAUUAUAGUGGAAUAAGAAAACCAGCAAAUAUUUACAUUUGAGAAAUUGAAACCAGUGGAUGUUUGGCAGAUUUGCUUAAAAGAUAACUUAAAAAGUAAUUCAGAAAAAGUAGUGUACAGCAUGUAUUAUUAUUAUGGCCUAAGUCCAAUAACAGAAAUCAUAAAUAGACUUAUUCAGGAUUAUGGAAGGGUAGUGCUGCAUAAAAAGUUCUGUCAACACAUAUAGAUAUAAAGCAGAUGAAAAUCCAUUGUAUUUAACAGCUGGGGUCUCUGAAGCCCCAAACAGAAGUACAUUUCUGUAGCUGACUCCUAAAGCACAUUAUCAGUUAAAAAUUAUUUUUAUAAUCAAGUCUAAUAAAAUGAGGAAAAGUAUUGAGCUGAUAAAUGGAUAUUUUUUCGCUGUUAAGGGCUUGGGUUAAGAGAAUGUGCAAUGAUUUUAUGCUACAUUACACAUGAAUACAUGUGAAUAAACUGUAUUUACUCAUACUGUAUUUACUAUAAUAUUUACUCACUUCUAAUGACAUAAGUUAAAUCUUCUAACAUACCGGUAAUUAUUUAAACAUUUGUAUCUGUAUUUUCACUAUAAGAAAUGUGUACAAACUAACCUGAUAUUUACUCCCUCUCAAAGAAGCAACAACUCAUGCAAACAAGCCUUUUUUUAAUACAUGAAUAUCUACAACUCCAAUGCAUAUUUCUGCAACAAUAUAUAUACAUGCAAACUAAGGGCUUUCAAUGGUUCAUAUUUUUUGCUUUCUGUUGAUUCCUUUUGUGAUAUAGGGAAGACAAAAAUAAACAAGACCCAAGCACGAACUGUGUUGAGAUUUGUAUUUACAGUACGUAGAGGUCAAUAUUCACCACAACAUUUCUA